AGUUGGGUUCCAUGCAUGGAUUUCUCCUCCCCCUCAACCGCACCCAUCGCUCCAACAAAACCUCCGAUCGAUCACGACCUCCGCUAGCUUCGCCUUCCGCUUAGCUUAACCACACCACCCUACCUUUCCUCCCCUCUACUCCUUCAGCUCUCUCCUCAAGCUGCUUGCUCCCAGAUCCCCAAUGCUCGCGCCCGCCGCCUCAGAUCCUCCUCCCGGCGGCCCCUCCAUCGCCACCAGCACGCCGGCUUCUUGAUCGACCGAUCCGAUCCAAUCCCUCACGGCAAGCUACUGCUUUCUUGGUGGGUCGAUCGAUCGGUCGGUCAUGGAUGCCGUGGAUGAGCUUGCUGCGGGGACGUUGAUGCAGCACAGGUGCAAGGUGUGCGGGAAGGGCUUCGCCGCCGGCCGCUCGCUCGGCGGGCACAUGCGCUCCCACAUCUCGCUCGGGGAGGUGGUGCCGAUGGCGGAGGUCGACGACGACGAGCUGACGCGCGUCUCCGCCAACGGCGGUCGCAGCAGCGGCGGCAAUGGCGCCGUCGGGUACGGGCUCAGGGAGAACCCCAAGAAGACGCGCCGGCUGUCCGACUUCGCCGACGAGGAGGAGGAUCAGGGCGGUGAUGGAGGCGAGCAUGACAAGGCGUGCCGGGACUGCGGGAAGCUCUUCUCGUCGUGGCGAUCGCUGUUCGACCACAUGAGGAGCCAUGCGCCCGGCGCCGCCGCCGCCGACGAGGCUGAGGACGUGGACCUUGGCGAUGAGUUCUACGCCGCAGAGGCGGAGGCGGAAGCAGAGGAUGUUGAGGAGGAGGUUGCGGCGCCGAUGGAACCGCUGGCGGUGGCCGUGAUGGCCGCGCCGCCCAGGCGGAGGCGCAGGUCGAUGCGCGUGGCGGCGCCGGCCCCCGCGCCGCCGCCGCCGCCGGCGCUGAGCAGCUUCGAGAAGGAGCAGGAGGACGUCGCGCUCUGCCUCCUGAUGCUCUCGCGCGACACCACCGGCGGCAUGUGGAGCUCGCCGGAACACGAGGAGCCGUUCUUGGAGAAGGAGUGGCGCAAGAAGGCGACGCCGAAGCAGCUGCACCUCCCGAGAAACGGCUACGGUUACAAUUCAGACGACGAUUCAGCUCUGUUCCACUACGGCGACGCCAAGGUCAAGAAGAUCAAGAAGCGGAGGACUAGCCAUUACGCUCUCAAUUCUGAUUCGGGGAAGCAACUACGCAAGGUCACCGCGCCGCCGCCGCCGAAGCGCACCCGCUACGAGUGCCCUGGCUGCGGCAGGGUGUUCAGCUCCUACCAGGCGCUCGGCGGCCACCGCGCGAGCCACAAGCGGAUCAACACCAGCUGCAGCGCACCCAAGGCCGCCACCGGCGUCAUCGCCGCCCUCCCCGCGCCGGAGCCGAGCGUGGAUACCUACACCUCCUUCAGCACCCUGUCCCCGUCGGCCUCGCCGGACUCGGUGGCCACUGGCAUUGGUGCCGCCAAGAAUAAUCAAGCAGCUGCGACAGCGGUGCUGGAGAAGUUCGAGUGCCCUGUCUGCUUCAGGGUGUUCGGUUCGGGGCAAGCGCUGGGUGGGCACAAGCGGUCGCACAUGACGGCCGACGGCGCGUACUCCGAGGACGGCGAGGUCUUCUACGGCGGCGACGCGGAGCAGGAGCAGGGGUACCCCGUGGCGGCCGCGGGGUCGCUCGAUCUCAACUUCCCGCCGGCUACAUCGGACGAGGCUUGAAGCAGCUUGGUAGCUGGGCAGAGCGUGAUCCGCAAUUCGAGGCGAUCGAUCAGCGAGGGGAAGUGUACAGGUUCAAUUCGUUUUCGUCAUUCUUUUCCAAGCUCCAAGCUCAAGGCAGUACGUCUUCGAAGACAAUCGAUCAAGAAGAAGUCAUAUCUCAGGUUCUUUAGGAAAAAAGAAACAUUUUUUCGUUACAUUCCUUUCUUAUUUUAUCUCUAGAGAGACAGAAGUAAUAAUAAGUCUAUGAUGAUCCGAUUCAGUUAGCGGAUUCCAAGAUUAACUCAAAUGCCAGGAUUGUUGCUUUUACCCGGUCAUAGUCUAUUUCCUUUUUUGAAA